AUUGAAUAGCUGGUAUGCAUAAUCGAUGGUCACUCAAACAACAACGCUGAGAUUAUAGCUCAAAAACUACCCCAAAAAUCAUGGCCAAGCAGCUGACAGACAGAGAAGUGGAAGAAAUCCAAGAUGGCUUCAGUCUUUAUGACACUAUAGGCGACGGUAAAGUCGAUUCCCACAAACUUGGCGAAGUCUUACGAGCUGUUGGACAGAAUCCCACUAACAUUGAAGUAGCGAAAAUUGUCAAGCAACUCGAUCCAGAAGGAAAUCGGAGGGUCUCUCUCGACGUUUUUCUCCCUGUUUAUCAGUCUAUGAGAGCUAAAGCAAGACCUUUUGGCCAAGAYGACUUUGUCGAUAGUUUGAARGUCUUCGAUAGCGAUGGAUCUGGAACGAUAAGCGCUGGAGAGUUGAGACACGUCUUAACAAGCAUCGGUGAAAAACUAUCCGACGAUGAAGUAGAUGCACUUUUCCAGUCCAUAGACUUUGCACAAGGGCAAGUGAAUUAUGAAGAAUUUAUCAAAACAAUCUUAAACUCCUAAAGAAACGGAAACAUUUGCUUAAACWUAAUGAAAAUKGCAGUCAAAUUUUUUCAGCUCAUGCACGCACAGUUGGAUAUGAUUUCAUAGUUAAAUGCAAUGAUAAUUUACCUUUUAUGUGUUGUUAAUAUAUUGUCAUUCUUUGUUGUUUGUAAUUUGCUGGUCAAGCGUCUAGCGUGUUUUUGUUUUAUUGACUUUACUUUUUUAUAUGGAAAAUACACUCUGUAAAUAUUGAGCGAAUUACAGUAGUUCGACACUACAACUCUUUGUGAAAUAUUUGCGAAUACUUUGGUAUUAAAAUGUUAAUCCAAGCAUUAGAA